AGUGGCACUGAGCGCUUUCGAGCACGAAAGGAGGAGGGAGUUUUGAAAUGUGAAGGAAAUAUAAAACCGACUGCCGUUGGUACGGUACAAGACAUUUUCAUCAUAAAACAAAGACAUUGAAGCUAAACAACGUAUCCGGAGUUUAUAUACAAAUUUAAUCUAGUUUACACAAUGGACUCUUCUGAGCUGGAAGAUUUGACCCAGCACAUCAAUGACAAAAUAUCUGGUGUCAUGAAGAUCCUCCAUUUAAGGACCUUGGCCAAGGACCCUGAUAAGAGAAAUAUGCUGAAAAAGAUAAGUCAGGAUCUUCUCUCUAUAAACAACCUUUUAAACCAAUUUGAAGCACAGGUUAACCAGCAAAAAGAGAUACUGAAAUCACUCAAGGAGUUAGAGAAAUUUUUUGAGGAGGAUGUGAAACAGGCAAAACACCUCAAAGAGAAUAUUCCUCCCCACAUGCCCAGGAAGGGGCCUGUUCAGAGCAGUGCUGCAGUGCUAAAAACAAGCCAAGGACCUGAAAGUAAUAAGGAAUUGGAGCUUUCAAAGAAACCCUCCAAACACAAAGAUUGUAUUCGAGAGAUGCUGUUCAUCACAACUGCAGAGUUUGAAAACAUUCCAGCAUACAUGAAAGGGCGGUUUACCUACGACCAGAUCAACAAUGUUAUUCAAGACAUUAACAAAGCAGUGGUGUGCAAGUAUAAGAUUUUGAAGCAAUCUCUCAAAUCCAUGAACAAUGCAACACGAAAACUUUACCAGAGAUUCAAGGAUGAAGAGUGCAAAGAAACCAAAGGUCAGUAUUUUAUUGUGGAUGCUGAUAUUAAGGAGUUCACCCAAAUGAAGGUGGAAAAGAAGUUCCAUGUGAUGCUGAACAUGCUGCGGCACUGCCAGAGACUGCGAGAGGUCAGGGGGGGAGGGAUCAUCCGCUACAUGCUGCAGUGAUACAUGCAUAUACAUUAUUUAUUUUUUGUCAAGGUGUCUUAGACAUUGUAGCGGGUUAAGCUCCACGCAGUGUGGCACAGACUGUUGCAAUGGAAUGAUGUGUCAUGCAAUAUUCAUACAGCCUUUUUAAAAGUGGGAGUGUACUGUAGACGACACUGCUCGCUCAGUCAAAGCAACCAGAGGCAUUUGCAGCAAGCAAAGGCCCAUUGACAAACCAAUUGCCUCCACCUUCUGUCAUUAUGCAUUAGCUUUAUCAUCCAAUUAGAGUGAUUUGAUUAUAUAUAUAUAUAUAUAUAUAUAUAUAUAUAUAUAUAUAUAUAUAUAUAUAUAGACACACACUUGCCAUGACUUUAUAAUGUAUUAAUGGUAGGCCUUUAAAUGUAAUCCAUGAAUUUACAGUACAGCAAAUGCAAAAAACUGUUUAAAAGGCAAUGUAAACUGCUAUACUGGUGAUCCUAAAAGCAAAAGCAUCACUUUUGGUUUCCUAAAAAUGUAGAUGCUUUCAAAUAUGAUCAUUGUGUUUUUUAUUGGUAGUUUAGUUUUGGGCACACAACCUUUAGCAGCAAUCGGUUCUCUAAUAAAACAUAAUUAAAGACUU